AUGCGAUCAAACGAGGUGGGACCUGAAGGACUACAGGAGCUGGAACUGAACUUGAAAGCGGACAUUAUAUUCCCCGAACUUCCCCUUAUAGUCAAUACCGCCUUGUUGAAUUUCCGUCGUAUUGUCGUUAGAAAGAACGGGGAAAUCCGUCCUUUGCCAUAUGAUCCCGAUGAGUUCUUGGAGCCGGACGAUAUCAGUUGCCGCAUUAAUCCAGUCCAUCGGAGAACCUUGCGAGCUUUAGAAAAAGAAAGGACCCGAAUGGAACAAAUAUUUGAGAUGGGUGGAGGUUCGCUGGACGAAGAUAAAGAGAACGUUUUCGCCCAUAAAUAUGAAACAGGUUACGAUUACAAUUUUUGUGAUUUUUACACUCGUUUUUCUAUUCUCACAUUACACAUAACCAAAGCUCCACAAGCUCGACCAUCGCUAAUGCCAGUUAACGGGAAACCUCGAAAACAAUUCAACAACAUAAAAAAACAAGACUCAAACGUGGUAAAUGAACUGCAAGCCUCUUUGCUCUAUGCCGUCUCUAGGUUUCGUUUUCAGGAAGCCUUAUUGGCUUUGGGAUUAACGGAAGCCCAAAUUGACCGCCUGUACAAUUCGCCACUGUGGACUGCACAUCCUGUGAACAAGAGUGAGGAACAAGAUUCUAGCGAAGCUCAAGAAUUAGACCAAUGUCAACCGAAAGCGAAAGAUGAUUCCUCCGAACAGCUUUGGGAAGUUGCUUUGAUAUUGGGAUCUCGUCUUGUACGAAAUCUUCUGGCCGCGGACAGACGUGAACAAUUGCUAUCGCAAAUGGCUCUGUGCAUGCAGGGAAAUGAUGAGCGCAGAUUUCAGGAAUUGUUUCCAAUGUUUGCCAAGCGUCACGACUAUACCGUUGGUGACAUUGGUUACAUAAUUAAUUAUCACAGAGUUCAUUUACGGAUGACAGAAGAUUCCAUAAACGAUGAACUCGAAGAACUGGGCAUUGCUCCAGUUUAUUUCGAGAACUGGACGGAAGAUGAGUGCGCCACUAUUGAUAUUAAGUAUUUGCUAAGAUGCACCAUGUCAUUCGCAAACUACUGUGAAGCGAAUGCAAUCGGUCUUGCAUUGCGAUUAGAUUAUCCUGAGAAUGCUGCUGGCUGUGAUUGCAAAGGCGGUCAAUGCACAACGUCAUGUACGUGCAUCAAGGCAAGAAGGAUAAGGCACGACGUCAUCGGCCUGGUCGAAACCAGAAGACGCCACCCAUUCAAUGUCGUGUAUGACACAGGAGAAGAACUGUUCCUCGGAACAUGCGACAGUAGAGGAGUCGGUGUCGUCAGUGCGAGUUUGUCCAUGAACAUCGAUUCAUUCGAACAACUUACAAUCCGAAUCGGACGUUUACGAUUAAAAAGACGGAUCAAUUCCAGCUUUGACAAUCUUCGUCGUUUACGCGCCGACAUCAAAACUAUGACGAAGAAGAAGUCAAAGCGUUCUAUAUGGACUUGGAGAAGUUCUACGGAGAAGACCACACAUUCUUCAAGGUCAUCUCUGGAGAUUUCAACGCCAAGUUUGGACCAAGAUGAACGUCUGAAGAACGUCACAUUGGGGUCUAUGAAUUAG